AUGGUGCUCACGCGGGGAGCGUUCGUGCGCGCGUGCCUCGCUCUGCUCGUGCAGGCCGGUCUGUGCAGCGCCAGAGAGACCUGCGACCUGAACAGAAAGCAAAGUGAGCUCAACUCCUUCCUGUGGACGAUCAAGCGCGACCCGCCCUCCUACUUCUAUGGCACCAUCCAUGUGCCCUACACGCGGGUUUGGGACUACAUCCCAGAAAAUUCCAAGAAAGCCUUCCAAGAAAGCAAUAUUGUGUAUUUCGAACUGGACCUCACUGACCCGUACACUAUUUCAGCACUGACCCGGUGCCAGAUGCUACCGCAGGGCGAGAACCUGCAGGACGUUCUACCCCGGGACAUCUACCGCCGCCUUAAGAGGCAUCUGGAGUACGUCAAGCUCAUGAUGCCCUCGUGGAUGACGCCGGACCAGCGAGGCAAGGGUCUGUACGCGGACUACCUGUUCAACGCCAUCGCAGGCAACUGGGAGCGCAAGCGGCCGGUUUGGGUCAUGCUCAUGGUGAACUCGCUGACCGAGGCGGACAUUAAGACGCGGGGCGUACCGGUUUUGGACCUGUAUUUAGCACAGGAGGCUGACAGGAUGAAGAAGAAGACGGGAGCUGUGGAGAAGGUGGAGGAGCAGUGCCAUCCUCUCAAUGGGCUGAACUUCUCACAGGUGAUAUUUGCGCUGAACCAGACGCUGCUCCAGCAGGAGAGCCUCCGAGCCGGGAGUCUGCAGGUCCCCUACACCACCGAAGAUCUCAUCAAACACUAUAACUGCGGGGAUCUCAACUCCAUCAUCUUCAACCAUGACACCUCACAGAUGCCCAACUUUAACAACGUCACCCUGCCUCCCAGCGAGCAGAUCACGGCUCAGGAGAUCGACAGCUACUUCCGUCAGGAGCUCAUCUACAAGCGCAACGAGCGCAUGGGCAAGCGGGUCAAAGCCCUGCUGGAGGAGCAUCCCGACAAGAGGUUCUUCUUUGCCUUCGGAGCAGGUCACUUCCUGGGCAACAACACAGUGAUCGAUGUUCUGAGGAGUCAGGGCUACGAGGUGGAGCACACACCGGCUGGCCAGCCUAUUAACAGUGGCAGAAAACCCUCAGAUGGAGAAGACGACAACGCGUCAGAAGUGGAGUCGCCAAUGGACACGUUCUUUCACGAGGACCAGGAGUGGCGCCCUCUGGAGGAGGAAGAUCCGGAAACUCACCUGCUGAUCCCCGACAGUCUGGAGCUUCUGGAGAAAGUGGAGCGCAAGCUGAAGAAGAAGCGGCGCAACAGGCUGAAGAAGCAUCGGCACCGGCAGUUUAACGACCUCUGGGUCCGCAUGGGGGGAAGCACAACGCUGGAACCUCCGUCGGUCGUUCGCUACAUAAACGGCUACAUCACAGUCCAGGCUCAGCCGGGAGAUCACGGGAGAUCGGAUCAUGACAGGACAUACUCGGGAUCCACCACGGUGAUGGGUGGUGCUUCCCUGACCGUGCUCAUAUUGUGUCUUUUUUACUUCGGCCUCUGAAGCUUCUUCUA